CUUUUCUCCGUUUUUUUCAGGGGUUUUCGCCGAUUUCUAGGGUUUCAUUUAGUUUCUGAGCUAACAAUGGCGUCCGCUAAGGUAUUUGUUUUGAGGACUUGUGAUGGUGAAACCUUCGAGAUCGAUGAAAGCGUCGCUUAUGUAUCAGAAACUAUCAAGAACAUGAUCGAAGAUGGUUUCGGUCAUGACCUGAUUCCAUUACCAAAUGUCAGUUCCAAGAUUCUCCUGAAGGUGAUCGAGUAUUGCAGGAAACAUGUCUCAAAUUUUGAAUCUUCGAAGAAGACCAGUAAUGGCGAUGAGAAAGACAAAGAUAACGAUUCGUGGAAGAAAGAGAAAGAAGCUGUCCCAGAGGUUGAAAAAGAUGCAGAAGAAAAAGCCAGAGUUGAGGAACUGAAGGAAUGGGAAACGACGUUCAUAGACAUUGAUCAACAGGUACUUUUUGAUCUCUUGCAAGCUGCAAAUUAUCUGAACAUUAAGGGUUUGUUGGUUAUGGCUGCGGAGAAGGCAGCAAGUAUGAUUAGGGGGAAGACUCCGGAGCAGAUUCGAGAGACUUUUAAUAUUAAGAACGAUUUUACUCCAGAAGAAUAUGAAGAUAUCAGGAAAAAGGAUGCUAUGAACGAUUUUACUCCAGAAGAAUAUGAAGAGAUCAGGAAAAAGAUUGCUGACAACCAUUUUACUCCAGAAGAAUAUGAACAGAUCAGGAAAGAGAAUGCAUGGGCUAUCGAGUAAGCCAGUAAUGAUAAUGAGAUUUGGGUUUUAGGUUUAGUCUGUGAACAUGUUUACAUUUCAACUUUUACUUUACAAACUGAAUGGUGAUACUGAUGCAAGUUUAGUAGCUCAGUAUUUUAGUUCA